UGCUUCCUGCUCUGCAAACCUUGCUGCGGUGAUCCUCGGGCGCUAGGACCGCGCGGAACUCAAUGGCCAGAGUGCUGAAAGUCAAAGCGCUCGGUGGGCUGGAGUUUAGGUGGUUGUGGACAUCCGAGCAGCUGCAGAGUAGUUCCCAACAUCUGCACCAUUUACGGAAGUCAAUGAGUGCACAGUUACAUGGGACCAUGGGAAAUUAACCACAGGAAUAAAAGCGGAAUAUAUUGAAUAGGAGGAGAAGCGGAAGGAGGGAAGAGAUCUGACAGAAAUGGUUGAACUUACAGAAGAGGAUUUGGACUUUUACCUCCAGAAUCAGGUGGACUUGCGAUGCCGAAAAGUUUCAAAGACUGAGGAAGAAGUUUUUACCAUCGUGCAGGAAUUGACUUCGGUGAUCAGCUCAGAGGAUAGCCGCUUUCAGCCCAUUUCUCAUUCUGGAAUUAACAAUGAAAACAUCAAGGAUCAGCUGGCUGUUGUGGCUAAAUGGUCAGCUAUUCUGACAGGGAAACGAGCCCAGAAUGCUUCCAUCCAGGUUCAGUCACCAUCACAGCUCUUCAUUAUGAUUCCGGUGAGAGGUCUGGCAGCCUAUACAGAACGGAGGGUGCGCCAGUGGCGCUAUUAUACAUUGAGUGGUUCCAAGCUCAUCUCACCUGUUCAAGAGCCUGAGAAGCUUCAUCAAUGGUUGGAGGUGGAUCAGUUCCUUAAGAGUUCUCAAGAAUGGCACCAACCAGAUGUCACUAUUGAAGGUGACAUUGUUCCUUCUAAAGUAAUUACUAUCUUCAAAACCCUGCUUGAGAACACAAUCCAGUCUUCUAAUUUUCAAGAAAAGGUCAAUAUUUUGGAAAGUGUCGGCCCCACCAUACGACUUGCUGUGGAGACCACAGAACAACAUGUGGAAGUGGAGCUGGUACCAGCCAUCGAAAUUGCCAACCACUGGCCAAAAAAGGCACGUUGGCCACGAUUCUUGAAACGUUGGCCAUCAAAAGAAAAGGCUCGAACUGUGAAGUCUUUUGGAUUUAAUUUAUUGGCAAGAUCAAAUUACCACUGGCAGCUCUCAUUCACACGUGCAGAGCAGGAGCUAUUAGAGGAUAUGGAUGAAGAUGGUGGCUGCCGUCUAAAGUGUUUACAAGUCAUAAGAAAACUGAAGGAAGAUCACUGGUGUCCUGGAAAUAAACCAGUCAUUACUUCCUAUCAUCUACAGACAUUAUUGUUUUGGACCUGUGAGAAAUAUCCACGCCCUAAAGAUUGGAAAAAUUUCCAGAAAUGCUUUCUGCGGUUGGUAAAGAAACUUCAGAAAUGUGUGCUGCAGAGAUACCUCCGACAUUACUUUGUAAAGAGCUAUAACCUGUUUAAAUAUGCUAACACAAAUGAACUGGAUAUAACAUCUCAGAAAAUUAAUGACUUCUUAAUGAACCCUGGUGUGUUCUUCCAUUGAAUAUGGUAGUUUUUUUAGCAAAUGACAAGUUCCACUGCACUAAAUGUUAAAAUGUUUUGAACCCCCCCCCCCCCCCCCUUUUACCAAUCUUAAAAUUGAGUCGAGUUACUUUUAAUACUGGGAGGAGCAUACAAGUAGAUAUUACCAAUGACAUAGUUACUGCACAAAUAUUUGUGCCAGAUUUCUUUCCAAUAUUUCAAUGAGACCCUAACCACCAUUAAAAUUUGAGAGAGAGAAACUUAAAGGAUCAUGUUAUGCACUAUUCGUUUACAUUGCUAACAUUCUUUCCUGUAAUAUGAUAAAAGGUUUAAAUGUCUUUGCUUAAAAUGAUUCUUUGCUCUGGACUUUUAUUCUUUGAAGAAUAAUCAGUCUCUUCAAAUUAAGGUUUUUUUAUUUGGUCUUGCUGUGCAAUGCUCUUUUUUUAAAAAGAAAGUGUUACCUGCAGCCAUUGUUUAGUGUUUAAUGAAUU